GUUCCUGUUGUCUUCGACUCUCUGCCCAACACAGCACUGAAAGCACCUACCUUUGUACUGCCUCGUCUUCAUGCUCUCUUCAAUGUCUUCUCAGAUACCCUAUAAACCAUAAUUUCUUCUUCAAUCUCAAAUCUUUCUAUUUUUUCGCUGAAAAAUUUCGUUAUUUACAUAUAUUUAAAACCCAAUUUUAUUUUAUUCUUUGAUUGUUUUAAGCUGCCAUGGCGACGCAAAGACCUCAGAGAUCGCCGGAAGAAAUCGAGGACAUAAUUCUGCGGAAGAUCUUCCUCGUAACCUUAAAAGAAUCCGGGGAAACGGAUUCUCGCAUCAUCUACCUUCAGAUGAUCGCCGCCGAAAUUCUCAGCGAAGGUAAGGACCUCAGGCUCUCUCGCGACUUAAUGGAGCGAGUGCUUAUCGAUAGGCUCUCCGGUGACUUCUCCUCGGGGGAGCCUCUAUUCCAGUACCUCGUUGGCUGUUACCGACGCGCGCACGAGGAGGCGAAGAAAAUUGCCUCCAUGAAAGACAAGACUGUCCGCUCCGAGAUGGAAUCCGUCGUUAAGCAAGCUAAGAAAUUGGCGGUGUCUUAUUGCAGGAUUCUCCUGGGCAAUCCUGACCUCUUCGGGAAUUCGAAUAAUGCUUUUGGUUUAGAUAGGAAAUCUAAUACUUCCUCGCCGCUGCUAUCAUUGAUCUUCUCCGAGGUAGGUUCUGGGGUUUUUGAAUUCGGUGGGAGUAGCAGCAGUGGAGGGGUACAGUGUCCUCCUGGGUUUUUGGACGAGUUUUUUAGGGAUUCGGAUUUAGAGACCUUGGACCCAAUACUGAAGGGAUUGUAUGAGGACUUGAGAGGCAGUGUGUUGAAGAUCUCGGCGCUUGGGAAUUUCCAGCAGCCGUUAAGGGCGUUGCUGUAUUUGGUGAGUUUUCCUGUUGGGGCUAAGUCUCUGGUGAAUCAUCCUUGGUGGAUUCCUAAAGGAGCAUAUUUGAAUGGGCGUGUCAUAGAGAUGACCAGCAUAUUGGGCCCUUUCUUUCAUGUGAGUGCCCUGCCUGAUGAUCCCAUCUUCAAGAGCCAGCCUGACGUUGGGCAGCAAUGUUUCUCUGAGGCAUCCACUCGUCGUCCUGCUGAUUUGUUAUCAUCAUUCACCACAAUCAAAACUGUCAUGAAUAAUUUAUAUGACGGUCUUGGAGAAGUACUUCUUUCUCUUCUUAAAAACACUGAUACUCGUGAGAAUGUUCUUGAAUACCUUUCAGAGGUUAUCAAUAAAAAUUCAUCAAGGGCCCAUCUGCAGGUUGAUCCUUUAUCCUGUGCUAGUUCAGGCAUGUUUGUCAACCUCAGUGCAGUAAUGCUUCAACUCUGUGAGCCGUUUUUAGAUGCAAAUUUAACAAAAAAGGAUAAAAUUGAUCCAAAAUAUGUGUUCUAUAGUAACCGUUUGGAUUUAAAAGGGUUGACUGCUCUACAAGCAUCAUCAGAAGAAGUUUCCGAGUGGAUCGAGAAAGGCAGCCCUUUCAAACCUGGUUCCUCUGGACAAAGUGGUGAAAAUGAAAAUCGCUUGCUACAGUCUCAAGAAGCAACCAGCUCAAGCAGCAAUAUGUCUAGACCUUCUCCCCGAAAUGCAAAACAAACAAAUAAAUACACAUUUAUUUGUGAAUGCUUCUUUAUGACCGCAAGGGUUCUCAACUUGGGCUUGUUAAAAGCAUUCUCCGACUUCAAACAUCUUGUCCAGGAUAUUUCAAGACGUGAAGAUACACUCGCCACUCUAAAAAGCAUGCAAGGGCAGGCACCUUCUCCACAGCUGGAGCUUGAUAUAUCUCGACUUGAGAAUGCCAUAGAGUUGCAUACACAGGAAAAGCUUUGUUAUGAAGCUCAAAUACUAAGGGUAUAUCCAAAUUAUAUCAGGAAUCCUUAUCUUAGAGCAAAGAUGGUUGAAGUGCUGAACUGCUGGAUGCCCCGAAGAAGUGGUUCAACUGCUACAUCAACUCUGUUUGAGGGGCAUCAAUUGUCUCUUGAGUAUCUUGUGAGAAAUCUUUUGAAACUAUAUGUUGACAUUGAGUUCACAGGUUCCCACACACAGUUCUAUGAUAAGUUCGACAUCCGGCAUAAUAUUGCUGAACUUCUUGAGUACUUAUGGCAGGUCCCUAGUCAUUGUAAUGCUUGGAGACAGAUUGCCAAGGAAGAGGAGAAGGGUGUCUAUCUGAACUUCCUAAACUUCUUGAUCAAUGAUAGUAUAUAUCUUCUUGAUGAAAGUCUUAACAAAAUUCUUGAGCUCAAAGAACUUGAAGCUGAGAUGUCAAACACUGCAGAAUGGGAACGAAGACCAGUCCAAGAGAGGCAGGAGAGAACCAGAUUGUUCCACUCGCAGGAGAAUAUAAUCCGUAUUGAUAUGAAGUUGGCAAAUGAGGAUGUAAGUAUGCUGGCAUUCACAUCUGAGCAGAUUACAGCUCCCUUCCUACUUCCUGAGAUGGUUGAAAGAGUAGCCAAUAUGCUCAAUUACUUUUUGCUUCAACUUGUUGGGCCCCAAAGGAAAUCCCUCAGUUUGAAAGACCCUGAGAAGUACGAGUUUCGUCCCAGACAUUUGCUUAAGCAGAUUGUUCGCAUAUACGUUCAUCUGGCAAGGGGCGACUCUGAUAACAUUUUUCCAUCCGCCAUCUCCAAGGAUGGUCGGUCAUACAAUGAGCAGUUGUUUAGUGCUGCUGCUGAUGUGCUCCGCAAAAUUGGUGAAGACAUGAGAAUUAUACAGGAAUUUGUUGAGCUCGGGGCAAAAGCCAAAGCUGCUGCAUCAGAGGCCAUGGACGCUGAAGCAGCCCUUGGUGACAUACCAGAAGAAUUCCUGGAUCCCAUUCAGUACACUCUAAUGAAGGAUCCAGUGUUAUUACCUAGUUCAAGGAUCACGGUGGACAGGCCUGUAAUUCAAAGACAUCUUCUUAGUGAUAAUACUGAUCCAUUUAACCGUUCCCAUCUAACUGUCGACAUGCUGAUUCCUAACACUGAAUUGAAGGCAAGAAUCGAUGAGUUUGUCAGAUUGCAGGAAUCAAAGAGAUACUUGAACAUUCAAAGCACCAAGACAACAUCACCACAAACAACAGAGGGGAAAAUGUUAAUUGAUUAGUGCAUUGUGAUGAUAUGUUUUAGUGGAUUGGCAGCUCAUAUUUAGAAUAUUUAGAAAAUUUCCUACAUUUGUGAUAAUUUGAACUGGAUUAUAUUUUUUUCCCCUGGUCUUACUUGUUAGUAGAGAAUAUGUAUCAUCAUGAAUAUGAAAAGCGUUCCCCAGCCUGUAAAGUUAAAAAGAGAAUACUUUGAAACUGUCUAGAAUGAAAAAUUCUGCAAGCAA